ACCCCAUGCCGAAAAAAACCCAUCCUCUGCAUCAGAGAAAAUGGCGUCGUGAGUGAAAAUGAACACAAACAACAGUAGUUUUGAGCACAGCCUGUCUCUGAGUGAGGAUGCUAACAACCCAUGGAUCCAGCACUGUGAACACGAACUCACAGCCCUACCCCACCUACAUCUGGGGGCAGAAGGCAGCGUUGAACUCAGCAAUUUGGUGGAAGAUAAAGAAAUAGCGGCACGGGCAGUGGCCUUUGUUGUCAAUAGCACUAGGAAAGGCAUAGUCCCACUCUGUGCUGAUGUGGCUAAUCUUCUUCGGGCCAAAAGAAGGCUGGAAAAGAAGGUGUUUAUGCUGAAAAAAGAGAACGAUUUUCUGCAUUCAGCCUCCUCACUAAGCAGACAGACCAGCCAUUCCAUAAGUCCUACCCCGGCUUCAUUCAGCUCCGAGAAAAGUGCUCAGGCCGAGUUCUUAUUCAAUCUACCUGCUGAUAGAAACAGACCAUGCUCUCGGUGUAGUCAGCGCUCAAGUACCAUUAGUAGUUCUCCAAAUUUUGAUAAAAAUCGACAAAGACUUUCCAGUCUGCAGUAUUCACCCGCCAGUAGUCAUGGAGACGAACCGACCAAUAGGAGACAGUUUUCUCUGCGUGGAAAGCGUUCACGUUCUGAUAGUUGUGAUGCUUUCAAAGAACAUCCUUUCUCCACAACGGAAGCAGAAGUCCACGCCGAACUUAAGGAUAUAGAAUUUAAUUUCAUAGAGGAAAACUUAAAUGGACAGUUACCAGAUGAACAUAUUUUAAAAGAUGAUAUAUUUGAUUUUGAUAACAAUGACAAGGAAGGUAUAUUGAAAACAGCAAAUCAAAAUGGAUGUGAAAUGGACGACCUUGAACAGAACACAGAAUUUGAAAGACGGGAAAAGUUUUCAAACUCUGUUUCAUCCACUGAUGAUAAUGUCGCAAAUUUGACGACUGUCACUCAUGAAAAAUCAAAAGGAACAAAUUCUGAUAGAGACUCGAGAAGCAGUAUACAAAAUGAGAUGGAUUACGGAGAAAGUGAUCUAAGUGUGUGUGUGAGACCAAGUUCUGACGCUCUAACCGACGGGAAAUACCAAACGUUUGCUGAAAAAAAGGAGACGGACUCUUGCAUCAUGGCAGCUCAAGAAGGGUUGGAGGACAAGUUUGCUCAAAGUAAGUUGCUGAAUUCAAAACUAACUGAAGAACUAGGAGCUGCAAAGAAAGAGAUCGAAAAUUUGAAGAAAAUUCUAAGGGAAUUGGAGCCAAGCAAAAUCGACAGACGCACGUAUGACACACUGUUCAUUGAAAACGAAGUUGGGGAAACAAAAAUGGAAUACCUGGAAAAGAGAUUGUUGAACAACAAUAAUCGCCAAACCAAAUCUAGUGAAAGGUAUUUAAAACACAAGGUGACUCCAAUCUCGGCAUAUCUGUCGCAGCCUUUGUAUGGAUGUAAAUGCAAUGCAUGUGAAGCUGUGUUCUCAAGCUCGGAGUACAUUUCUGAAGCCGACCAAGAAUUUGCAGAUAGAAAGACAUUUUCUGUCAGUCACAAAUUGCAGGUUCAACUUAACGACCAUGUGGUUGCAAAGGGUGACCGUACAGGCCACAUUCGUUACAUCGGUCAUUUGGACAAACACGCACAACCCAACCUGUUGUAUACUGGAUUGGAACUCGACUCACCGGUUGGGAAGCAUGAUGGAGUUCUAAGUGGAAAAAGGUACUUCAACUGCCCCAAAGACCAUGGUAUUUUCAUACCACUUCAAGAAAUCAUAUGCAAAGUUGGGAAGAAGGUUCCAAAGAAAACUCAAAGUAGAGACGAAUCAUUGAAAGUACAUCGGAAAAAGAAAAAUGAUAGAUUGUCAACAAAGUAAUACCAACAAUGCAACAGGUUUGCUCAUGUAUAAAGAGGUGUUUAUCAGUUUAAACCAAACAUCUUUGGAUUCGGCAUUGGUAGAUAACAAAAUUAUUUCUGCUAAUUACUAUGAUAUAAACGAUAAACAAAAUCACUUGUUAUAACACAUUUAUAUACACUGUUUCAGAUUAAUCAUAUCAUGUUCAAUAAAAUUGGUCAUCUUAUGUUGAAUUUGAAGCUCGCCGUUACGUUCAAUGUUUUACUGAUAUAACACAGAUAUACUGUCAAAUUAAUUACUACGACAACUCACUUAGAUCAACAAGUAUUGUUUUAAACACUAAUCCGUAAAUGUAAAAUGACACUGAGCAGCGAUGUCACGUUUAGGAAUUUUGUAUAGAAUAACAUUUAUUUGAACUGUUCGUUCAGUGCUUUUGCAUUUAGAAUGUAUUUUAUGACAAUUUGGAAAACUAGGAAAUCUUCAGUAUUAUAAAGAUCGAUUGAAUCAUUUGUAUGUUGUGACAGAAAUUCAAACAACUCGGUGCAUACGACUGAAUACAUUUCAAUGUCAUUACUUUUUAUUGUGUACAAAGGUUUGCAUAGCAACGCAUGGUACCAGUUCCUUUGUAAUGAUUUUUGCAAUAUAUACAUUUUAAACAUGACAUUUUGAUUUCUUGGGAUUAAUUACAUACAUGAUUUCCAACCACAACUUUAAUUCAAUUGUCAUAUCUUAACGCGUCAACUGUCUGUUAUGGCGACCUUUACAUUGAUAUUCAUUGUUAGCGCAGUAAUAUUUCAAUGAAUAUUCUGAAAUAUUUGGAUUUUCCUCACUUGUUGAUGUGAUUAAUAUUUUUUCAACUUCGGUAGUUACAACGUUACAUUCUUACUUUGAAAAAAUAAGUCCUACCAAUUUUCUUCGUUUUGAUAAAAAAAAAAAAAACUUCCUUUUUAAGUGAGAUUUGCCCUUUUAAAGUUAGAUUUAUCCUUUUUAAGCGAGAUUUUUAUUUUGUAGUUUAAGUACUGAUUCUUUUUUACCAUGUUCUCCUUCUGUGAACUUCUUAAGUACUAUUUUAUAGGUGGUGCUUUCCUAAAGUUAGUAUGAAUAGCUAGUAUUAUUUUGACAAAAAGGCGAUACUUUUAUUAACAGUAAUAUGUUAGUAUGUUUAUUUUCUUUGCAAAAAAUAUUGUUAAUUUUGAAUAUACAGGGUAAGGGGAAAAUGUACAUGACAAAUUGUCAUAUUGUAAUUUUGUCAUAUUGUAUGUCAUAUUCUCAUUCAUUCAGUGGAUUCAAAUUUUACAAUAUGACAAUAAGACUAAACAAAAGUUAAAUGUUCUUGGCUGCCGUUGUAUGUAUUUGUUUAUUUGCCAUGUUUUUAUAUCACUCCGUCCAGCUACGCGUUCUGGUAGCAAACAAGAAAACAUCACUACAAACGGCAGAGCUCUCUCACUGAGACUGAACUCUUUAAUAAGAUCGACAGAGCUCUCCCAUUGAGACUGAACUCUUUAAUAAGAUCGACAGAGCUCUCCCAUUGAGACUGAACUCUUUAAUAAGAUCGACAGAGCUCUCCCAUUGAGACUGAACUCUUUAAUAAGAUUGACAGAGCUCUCCCAUUGAAACUGAACUCUUUAAUAAGAUCGACAGAGCUCUCCCAUUGAGACUGAACUCUUUAAUAAGAUCGGCAGAGCUCUCCCAUUGAGACUGAACUCUUUAAUAAGAUCGGCAGAGCUCUCCACUGAGACUGAACUCUUUAAUAAGAUCGGCAGAGCUCUCCACUGACACUGAACUCUUUAAUAAGAUCGGCAGAGCUCUCCACUGAGACUGAACUCUUUAAUAAGAUCGGCAGAGCUCUCCCACUGAGACUGAACUCUUUAAUAAGAUAAGGGGUUUACAUCUAUUUUGGAUGAUAUUUAAUUUUAUUUCAUAGUGACGUAGAUGGUUUGACAAUGUAUGAGUUCACACAGAUAUUAUGUUUUCUGUAGUUUUCGGCCAUCACACCAAGCAUUUGUGUAAUCUUGGUCUUUUCACAUUAGCUGACGAGAGAGAGAAAAAUUAGCAACUAGUUUACCAGUUAUUGAAAGAUUUCAUUUUUUCGCCAUUUUUAAAAAAAAAUGAUAAUGUGAAACACAUUACUGAAAACAUUGGUAUGAAAACGAGGGCUUAUAUUAAAGCCUGAAUUAUUGAUACCAUUGGAGCUUUGUGUCAUGUUAAUUUAUUGUAGAGUUUAGCAUCUCACAGAUUUAUGUUUAAUGACCAAAGAUCAUAUGUCUAUGAUUUUCAUUGUAACUCAAGUAAAGCUUUUUGCUUUCUGUAUAUCAGACUGCCUUGAAUUUUGUUAAAUUGGUGAUUUUGACAUUUGGUACAAUGUAUAGUGACGAAUUUCAAUAAAUUGUGUAUCAAAUCAAAAUUAAA